ACCUUAGAGCAAAUCCUUAAACUAACAAAGUUUUAGAGAAAUAAGAGUAAAAUGGAUAAAAAGUGCUCAACAGGCACUUUAUAGCUUUACUUUACAAGUACAGGAGAUUUCAAGUAAUAGUAAUAUAGUAUAGUAAGUAGUAAUAGUAAAGCAAUAGUUGGGGUUUAAAAUACAAAUGGAAAAGAUCAUUAAGGUAAAUGAGAGGGGGGGCUUUGACAAGCCGCCGGCUGCCCAGUAAGCUCUGAAAGGUUAGGGGGUAGAGCCUGGCGCCAAGUUAGUGUGUGUCGAGAGGUGGCAAGGAGAGGAUCGAUGCUCCGUUCCCGCCACCAAACAUCGCACCCAAACUGUAUCGGUCUUGUGGUUAAUUUGGUGAAAGUGUUAAAGGUUUACAUUAAAGAAGUACAGUUGAUGGAUGCCUGCUACUGUGUUUGGAUUCUUUGAACAAAAAUACUGAAUUUGUGUUUAAAACAAGUGAACAUGUUAAGACUGAUAAGGACGAAGCAUUGUAAGACAAAUGAAAUAUACAAAAAUCACUUAAAUGUAAUUAUUAAAAGAAAUAUAGACGUCUGAAGCAAAAAUGAAAAUUGCGUUAAUGUAGAAACAAUACGCAAAAUCAAAUCAUUUCAACCAUAAGGAUUUACGGUGGAAAUAAAAUCUGCAUUUAAACAACAAUACCAAUUAAACAAAAAUGGUGCUGCAAGGUUUUAUUAUUUCAGUAAUAAAAUGAAUUAAAAUUUUGCAAGUUGAAAAAUAUUAGUUUAAAGGGAAAUCUUGAACGUUUACCCUCACAAUGCGCCUGGGAACUCCCCAUUAACAUAACUAAUAAAGUGAUAUAUGAUAAAUUAUUAGGAUUGAAAUAUACAAAAUUAAGAACGAAUGGAAGGAAAAGUGUGUGCAAGUUACCAUUAAAUGCCAAUUAACAAACUGCAUAUCUCAAGUAACACCGUGAAUGAGCUAGAGUGACCAGCAUGAAGAAAGAGGACUCGCCUCUGUCCCCGACCUCGUCCUCGUCGUCCUCGCCGUCGUCCUCGUCGUCCUCGACCCUGACCACCAUGUUGGCGCGCAAUUGGGCAGGCACCCGGCGAACUCCUCUUCCACCCAGUGACUCUCAGGACCUGGAGGACGACUUAACAUUUACAGAAAGUGGAGCAGCAGCAGCAGCGGGUUCUGGUCAAGAUGAUGAGGACUCUCUGCCGAGGUCUCCAUCGUCAGCUCGGUCUGACCGUCGGAUGGUGCGGACUCCGGCCUGCGACCUGGAGACCGUGGAAGACCGUGGUGUGUCACAUGUGGAGCUGCAGCGGCACUCCAGCGGCAGGAAGGGCAGGGUGGAGGCUCAGGAGUCAGGGAGAUGGCGGGCUAAGGAGAAUCUUCCCCGCUUCACCCUCACCCUUCCCACUCACCACCCUGAUCACGACACCCCUGACCCAGUACACACUUCAGACCAGUGCCCCACUCCCGACGAUUGCCACACUCCCAAGGGCUCCCGUACUCCCACAGGCUGCUUGAGUCCCAUGGGGAGUCAGAGUCCUGAUGGAUGUCUGAGCCCCAAUGGGUCUCAGAGUCCAAAUGGGUGCCAGAUUCCCAGUAGGUGCCAAAGUCCUACCGGAUACCAGAGUCCCAACAGGUGCCAGAGUCCCAUGGGUUACCAAGAACCCAAAGGGUGCCAGGGUCUUCAAUAUGAAGUGGGACCCUAUGACCCUCACCCUAGGGCCUUUAGGGACGAGGCUCUGAGCGAGAGUCCGAGCCUUCUGAGCCCUCACCACGCCAUGACCCGCUGGUCGUCAUAUGGCUCCCCCCUCCACCUGGACCCCUGGGACCCCCGGUACCCGCCGUCACCCGAUGGCGGGCUGCCUCUGAGCUCCGUUGAAGGGGCGACGAUGGGGGGGUCGGUAGGCAACCUGCUGGUCAUGAUGGAAAGGCACCUGGCUCUCCAAAAUCUGGCCAACAACAACAGCAACGACAACAUCCCCAAUUACAACAAUAACCUCCUGCUUGCAAACAACGACAACAACAACAAUGACGAGGACGAGGACGCCAGCAACCAGUACAGCUUCAGGCCGAGGGGGUGCACCAUCAACCUCGGAGGAUGCAUGGUCCACCAGAGCAAGUGCCCGGUUCACCAGCAGCACAACUUGCUGAGCCUCCCUGGUGACCCUGUGUGGUGCCACGACACCAGCUGCACGUCUCAUCCCGCUCGCCUUGCACGCUCCCAGACCAGCCUCCUUAUACCCCCUCUUCCCCCACUAGCCAGGUCGUCCCGGUCCCAGGGAGACUUGUUCAGCCUCAGCCGCUCCCCGCCCAUGCCCGCCAAGCGCAAGUGGACCACCCUCACGGGCCUGGCUGCCAUAGGUCGCGCCCUCUCCGCCUCCUCUCUGUCACUAAGAGGUAUCAAGAGGCGGGCACCCAUGGCGGCGGCUACGGUAGAUCUGGGCCAACUGGAGGGUCAUGUCAAAUGCCAGCUACAUCAAGAGCAGCUGGUACAUCCUUCCCGACCCUCCUCACACCGCCCAACGUGGUCCCGCAAAUUGCGCUUCCCAGAAGUGCGGCUGGGACAGGUGUACGCCACCUUACGAGGACGAUGCAACCGGGCUAUCAGCUGCGACUCAUCGCUGGCCACGAACGCGAAGUGUGAUGGCGUUUACCGUGACCAGAGUCCCCAGAGACAUCGGUGUUCCAGAUGCGACACGCUGCCCUACGAUUUAAG